UUUCUAAAAAAAACCAUGAAAAUUUAAAAAAAAAAAACAAAAACUCAUAACUCUUAUUAGUUAGACCAAAAAUUAGAAAGAAAUAAAAAUUGUGCGAAAAAGAGAAACAUAUAUGGCAAACGGUGAUGAUGAAGUUGAAGAAGCGGAGCUAAGUCCAGCCGCUAGAAUAUUUCACGCGCCGCGCUUCAACUGCCAUAUUCUCUCCAUUAUUGGAUGCAGCUCCGCCGUGGAUCCAGCGGUGAUCAAGCUGGGAUUGCAACAAACUUUGAUCAAACACCCUCGCUUCUCUAGUAAACUGAACAUCAAAGGUAGGAAAAUGAAAUGGAUACCAACUACAGUCAAUUUACAAGAUCAUAUAAUAAAUCCAAAAGUGGAUCCAAAUAUGGAAUCUCCUGACCGAUUUGUUGAAGACUAUAUUUCCCAUCUCACUACAAUGACUAUGGAAAUUACAAAACCACUAUGGGAACUUCACAUUCUUAAUAUAAAAACAUCAAAUGCACAAUCUAUUUGUGUUCUCAAAAUUCACCAUUCAAUUGGUGAUGGUGCAUCCCUAAUGUCCCUACUUUUGGCUUGUACCCGAAAAACAUCCGACCCCGAAUCACUUCCGACAAUACCCGUGCAAAAGCGGGCGGGUUCUAAUACAACGAGCGGGGUUUGGUGGUUCUUUUUGGCUACAUGGAUGGUGUUGAGAAUGAUUUGGAAUACUUUGGUGGAUUUGAUUUUGUUUAGUGCAACGGUCUUGUUCUUGAAAGAUACAAAAACUCCAUUUAAAGGCACUUCUAGGGUUGAUCUUAAGCCUAAAAGGCUGGUGUAUCGCACAGUAAGUUUGGAUGACAUCAAGUUGGUGAAGACUAAAAUGAACACCACGAUCAAUGAUGUGAUACUGGGAGUAACACAAGCUGGGCUCUCUCGAUACCUCAAUCAAGAAUGCGGUGAGAAUGACAAAAAGGGAGGAGAAGCAAAGCAAAAUAAGAUUAGACUUAGGGCAACUGUUCUAAUGAACUUAAGACCAACUCCAGGAAUUCAGAGUUUGGCAGAAUUGAUGUCAAAGGAAUCAAAGCAGACAAAAUGGGGAUGGGGUAAUAGAAUAGGCUACAUUGUUCUGCCCUUCAAAAUUGGCAUACAAAAAGAGGCAUUAGAGUAUGUUCGUCAAGCCAAAGCUACAAUUGAUCGAAAAAAGCUCUCUCUCGAAGCUCCUUGCACUUUCCGAAUCGCCAAGCUCGCAGUCGACAUAUUCGGAGUCAAGGUAGCUGCAGGUAUAGCACACAGAUUUCUAUCAAAUACUACAAUGGCAUAUUCAAAUGUGGUUGGUCCUCUUGAAGAAAUAAGCUUUUAUGGUCAUCCAAUUCUAUUUCUUGCCCCAACUGUUUAUGGCCAUCCUCAUGCAUUGACAAUUCAUUAUCAGAGCUAUUUUAAUAAGAUGACAAUUGUGGUAGCAGUUGAUCCAGAUGUAAUCCCUAAUCCUCACAAGCUUUGUGACCAUCUUGAGGAGUCACUAAACAUUAUUAAGAAUGCUGCUCUUGACAAAGGACCUGAUGCUGCCUAAGCUCAUAUUUUUGUGUGUUUAAUUUGUAAUUAUGGUGGUGUAUGAACUUUUAUAUCUUCUAAAUUAAUAUUUCGACUUUGUAAAUAUGUAUCAAUUGAGUGAUUUUAGUCAUUUUUCGAUCA